AUGCAGUGUUAUACGGAAUUGCUUCCCCCAACGGGGGUCACCCAUGCCUUAGCACUGCCUUUUGUUUCCGCCACUGCCAACAAUCUGAUUGUGGUUCGAUCAUCGCUACUGCAGGUGUUUUCACUUCUCAACCCGACUUCUCGGCGGACAGGAGAAAGCACAGAGACCCACCCAUCAGCCUCUUACCAACCAGAGACGAAACUGGUCCUGGAGAGGGAGUAUCACCUCCCGGGGACAGUGACUGAUAUCAGCCGCGUGAAGCCGUUAUACACAAAGAGCGGUGGAGAAGCCAUAUUACUUGCUGUUCGUAAUGCCAAACUCAGCUUGGUCGAGUGGGACCCUGAGCGCCAUGGCAUUUCUACAGUUUCUAUCCAUUACUACGAAAGAGAGGACCUCACUCGUAGCCCCUGGGUGCCUGAUCUGAGUCGUUGUGGCAGUAUCCUCAGCGUUGAUCCAAGCAGCCGAUGUGCCGUCUUCAAUUUCGGUGCCCGCAACCUUGCCAUUCUUCCUUUUCACCAGGCAGGUGAUGACUUGGUCAUGGAUGACUAUGACUCUGAGCUGGACGGAGAGCGCCCCGUCAGGAACCAAGAAGGGUUGACUGGUGUCGAGAAGCACAAAGACGGCUCAGGGCAGCAAACCCCUUAUGCUGCCUCCUUUGUUCUGCCGUUGACAGCAUUGGAUCCUUCGUUGUUACACCCCGUCAGUCUUGCAUUUCUUUACGAAUAUAGGGAGCCGACUUUCGGCAUUUUGUAUUCUCAAAUUGCAACUUCCAAUGCUCUGCUUCACGAAAGGAAGGAUGUGAUGUUUUACACCGUCUUUACUCUAGACCUGGAGCAACGGGCAUCCACAACUCUACUUUCGGUGACCCGGCUUCCCAGCGACUUAUUCAAGAUAGUGGCACUCCCACCUCCCGUGGGAGGUGCCCUCCUUGUCGGUUCCAACGAGAUUGUACAUGUUGACCAGGCCGGUAAAACCAACGCGGUGGGCGUGAAUGAGUUUUCUAGGCAGAUUUCAUCUUUCUCAAUGAGUGAUCAAUCCGACCUCGCCUUCCGUCUCGAGGGAUGUGUCGUUGAACGACUAGGUCGUGGUAGCGGCGACCUUCUUCUUGCUCUUGCAUCCGGGGAAAUGGCAUUGAUCAAGUUUAAGCUAGAUGGGCGGUCUGUGUCAGGUAUGACAAUUCAUUCACUACCACCGCAGGUUGGUGGGAAUCUCUUGAAGUCGGCCGCAUCGUGCUCCACUUGCAUCGGCGACGGGAAUAUCUUUCUCGGUAGCGAAGAUGCAGAUUCGGUUCUUUUGGGAUGGUCUUCUUCCUCGCUAUCUGCCAAGAAAGCACGUAUCGAGUCAAAAAAGGCGAAUGACAGCACUGAAGACUUAUCGGACGAAGACCAAUUAGAUGACGAUACUUACGAAGACGAUCUUUACUCCUCAGUGCCCGAGUCGAAUCAGGCCGACCCACGCACGGUUUCCGAGAUAUCAACCUCUGAGCUCUAUCAUUUCCGUCUGAAUGAUCGACUGACCAGUACUGGCCCCCUACGAGAUAUUACGCUAGGACAAGCCCGUCCAGCAAUCAAACACACAGAUAACUCCGCUAUUGAAGGCGUUUCCGCCGAGUUGGAGCUUUUGGCAUCACAAGGUUCCGGUCGUGCUGGUGGCCUGGUUGUCAUUAAAAGGGAAAUUGACCCCGUUACAUCAAUCUCCAUGAAUAUCGAAGAUGCCGAUGGAGUGUGGUCGGUCUCCGUGACCCAGGGGAAAGGCAGUCUUGCCAAUACUGGUGAUCCGUCAGAAGAACAUCUCUUCCAGCAUUAUGUGAUUGUUUCGAGACCCACCGAAACAGAAAAGGAAAUUUCCGAGGUCCUGAAAGUUGAAGGGCAAGACCUCAAGUCUUUCAAUGCACCCGACUUCAAUCCAAAUGAAGACCAAACGAUCGACAUCGGGCCGUUAGCUGACAAUACUCGCCUUGUUCAAGUCUUACGGAAUGAAGUCAGAAGCUAUGAUAUUGACCUCGGGCUAGCCCAGAUUUAUCCCAUCUGGGAUGAGGACACUGAUGAAGAGCGGCUAGCAGUGACCGCAAGCUUCGUGGAUCCUUACCUUGCUAUUUUACGGGAUGAUUCUUCCUUGUUGGUUCUCAAGGCAGAUGAAAGUGGUGAUCUCGAUAAGGUUUCACUUCCAGAUGAGAUUUCAUCCUCAAAAUGGCGAUCGAGCUGUCUUUAUCAUGACAAGCACGACGCAUUCAGUAACUCCCCCUCAUCGCCAAACACUGCCGAGGAAAAUUUCUUGCUCUUUUUGCUAAGCAUGGACAAUAAGCUCUCGAUAUUCAGACUCUCAGAUAUGAAAAUUUUGUCCGUCAUUGACGGCGUUGACUGCUUACAGCCUGUCCUGUCAGCAGAGCCACCUCGCAGGUCAAAUUCUCGAGAAACUCUGAAAGAAGUUAUUGUUGCCGAUCUCGGUGAUCGUUGGGCUACUUCGCCAUAUUUGAUCGUGCGAACCGACAACGAUGACCUGGCUGUCUACAAGCCGGUCGUCAUAUCAGUCGAGGCCGAGAACAGACUAUUGCAAGACCUGCGAUUCUUCCGCGAGGCUAACUAUAGCUUGUCUAAUGUCACAUCGGGGGCAUCGUCUAGGCUGCUGGAGGAAAAGCAGCGAACACGGCCAUUGCGAGUUCUGCGAGACGUUGCGGGGCUUUGUACUGUUUUCAUGCCUGGAAGUUCCGCUGGGUUUCUGUUAAAGACAGCUGCCAGCUCACCACACCUGGUGCGCCUUCGCGGGGAGUUCACGCGUUGGAUGAGUAGCUUCCACUCACCGUCUAUCGGCUGUGAGAACGGUUUUAUCUACGUGGAUUUCGAAAAUUGUGUUCGGGCUUGUCAAUUGCCCCCAGACACCCAGUUCGACUACCCAUGGACACUACGCAAGAUCCCCAUUGAAGAGCAAGUCGACUUUUUGACCUACUCGACAUCGUCCAAUACUUAUGUCCUCGGCACCAGCUCCAAUGUCGGCUUCAAGUUACCAGAAAACGACGAGUUGCACCCGGAGUGGCGCAUGGAGUCAAUAACGUUUUUGCCCGAGGUCCCUCAGAGCUCCGUCAAGGUGGUGAGCCCCAAGACUUGGGCCGUUAUCGAUACUUAUCCUCUGGAAUCUGCAGAGCAUAUAACGGCGGUGAAGAACGUGAACCUAGAGAUUUCGGAGAACACGCACGAGCGGAAGGACCUGAUCGUUGUGGGAACGGCAAUUGCUAAAGGCGAAGACAUUCCGUCCCGUGGGUGCAUCUACGUGUUUGAGGUGAUCGAAGUGGUUCCUGAACCAGGCCAGCCAGAAACUGGACGGAGAUUGAAGCUGGUUGGCAAGGAGACCGUGAAGGGUGCCGUAACGGCGCUGUCGGGCAUUGGCAGCCAGGGCUUCAUAAUUGUGGCCCAGGGACAAAAGUGUAUGGUUCGAGGCCUCAAGGAAGAUGGUAGCCUUCUUCCUGUGGCCUUUAUGGAUAUGCUUUGCUAUGUAAACGUCGCCAAGGAGCUUAAAGGCACAGGGCUGUGCAUCCUUGGCGAUGCAGUCAAAGGCAUCUGGUUCGCAGGCUAUUCGGAAGAACCGUACAAGAUGACACUAUUCGGCAAAGACCCGGACUACCUGGAAGUGGCGGCUGCGGACUUCCUUCCGGACGGGAACAAGCUCUAUAUGCUGGUUGCGGACUCGGAUUGCAACCUCCAUGUUCUGCAGUAUGACCCAGAAGAUCCCAAAUCUUCCAAUGGUGACCGACUGCUAAACCGGAGCAAAUUCUACACCGGCAACUUUGCCUCAACAGUGACUCUGCUGCCCCGUACUCCUGUUACGUCCGAGCUUGUGGAAUCUAACGACGAUGAGAUGGACGUGGACGAAGACCUUCCCAGUCACCACGUCCUGAUCACCUCGCAGAAUGGAUCUCUAGCAUUGGUCACGUCCGUCACAGAAGAUUCUUACCGUCGACUGUCAGCUCUACAAUCUCAGUUAACCAACACGAUCGAACAUCCUUGCGGAUUGAAUCCUCGUGCCUUCCGGGCCGUUGAAAGCGACGGGGCCGGUGGCCGAGGCAUGAUCGACGGAAACUUGCUCCGUCAGUGGCUGAGCCUGGGGAAGCAACGCCAGGCGGAGAUCGCGGGUCGGGUCGGCGCCAAGGGGUGGGAGAUCAGGGCGGAUCUGGAGACCGUUGGUGGGGACGGACUGGGCUAUGUAUAG